UGGCACAGGUACCACUCACUACAUCACACUCAAUUCAAGACAAAUUAUUCUCUUUUCAUGCCAAUGUAUGACUAUAUCUAUGAUACACUGGACAUGUCAUCAGAUACAUUGUAUAAAAAGUCACUUGAAAGGGAAGCUGAAGUGCCUGAUGUGGUGCACCUUACACAUCUAACAACCCCUGAAUCCAUUUACCAUCUCCGUCUAGGGUUAGCAUCGUUGGCCUCGAAGCCUCAGUCCUCUAAGUGGUAUUUCUGGUUAAUGUGGCCUGCCACACUAUGGUCGAUAAUGAUCACAUGGAUUUAUGGUCACACAUUUAUUGUCGAGAGAAAUUUGUUCAAGAAUCUCAAAUUACAAACUUGGGCUAUCCCAAAGUAUCGCAUACAAUACUUUAUGAAAUGGCAAAGAGAGAUUAUUAACAAUUUGAUCGAGGAAGCAAUCAUGGAAGCAGAUCAGAAAGGCAUAAAAGUACUGAGCCUUGGACUCUUAAAUCAGGAAGAGCAGCUGAAUAAUAGUGGUGAACUUUACAUAAGAAGGAAUCCUCAGCUGAAAGUAAAUGUGGUGGAUGGAAGUAGCCUAGCUGUUGCUGUGGUCAUAAAUUCCAUUCCUAAAGGAACUUCCCAAGUUGUCCUUCGAGGCCGUUUGUCUAAAGUUGCUUACUCCAUUGCCUUAGCCUUGUGCCAAGGAGGAAUUCAGGUUGUCACGUUAGACGAAGAAGAGUACAAGAGACUUAAAACAAAGUUAACAUCAGAGGCUGCAACUAAGUUGGUCCUGUCGAAAUCUUAUAAUGUUUCAAAGACAUGGCUAGUAGGGGAUGGAUUGAGUGAAGAUGAACAAUUGAAAGUACCAAAAGGAACAUUAUUCAUUCCUUAUUCACAAUUCCCACCAAGUAAAGCUCGAAAGGAUUGCUUCUACUUCAGCACACCAGCUAUGAUUACUCCAAAACAUCUUGAAAAUGUAGACUCUUGUGAGAACUGGUUGCCACGAAGAGUGAUGAGUGCGUGGAGAAUAGCUGGAAUUUUACACGCCUUGGAAGGUUGGAACGAGAACGAGUGUGGUAACAUGAUGUUUGAUAUUGACAAAGUAUGGAAAGCUAGUCUCGAUCAUGGUUUUUGCCCAUUAACCAUGGCUUCUGCUACUGAAUCCAAGAACUAGAGAUAUAGAUUGUGUUUGAUAUAUGAUCAUAUCUUGGAUCCGUGGUCAAGUAUAUCAGCCAUUUGCAUUAGGUGAUCUUUCCAGAGCUCUGUAUGCAUUGUAUAAGAUGUAAUAUGAACAAAUUUUGGAGCAUGGAUGGUGACUUCUAUUGAUUAACAAACUUUCUGUUAAUCUCCCUUUACUUUCCCAUUAACUUUAUUUUCCUUCA